AUGGGGUAUCUAGCCCAUUCAGCUGAUGUGAGGGCUACCAUACUUGAGAGAGAUGUCCCUCUUAUGAUUGAGGCUUUCAUUUUAGCUGCACUGACCCCCCUUCAAACUUCCAUUGACACUCUCACCACGAGAGUCAAGGCUUGUGAGAGCAGGCAGGGGGAGACCUCCGAGGUUACAGCUUUUAAAGCCAAGGUAGCAAACUUGAGGAAGGACGUAGACUAUCUAAAGUCUACCGACUUCACUUCAUUACUGGAGGCUGCAGAUGAUUUGGACGCUCCUGAGACUUCAGAGAUUCCUUCGGCUACCACCAGAGAUGUAAAUAGGGAUGAGGAAGCAGUUGAUGAGUCGGAUGCUGAGACCGACGAGGAGUAG